ACAACUUCCAAGAGGAAAUUCUUGAUCCAACAACAUGGUCCUGAUUAUACCUAUAAGAAUAUCAAGACAUUUGGAGGACAGCAACAGCAGAAAACAAUAAAUAUGUCAACCUCACUACAACAACUACUAUUCCUACAUUACCAAACAGACCGUUUGGGAGAGAUUGCUUUCCCCAAACUCCCCGAAUUCAAAUUAUUAAUGACAAGAUUAGUUUCUGACCUAACAUUCAUGUUAUUUAUAUCCAAAGCCUCUAUAGUUGAGCCUAUCUUCAUUUUCAACCUUGAGGUGUUCAAAAUCAAUCAAUAUAGUUAUUUCCCUCAAACUUAAUGACAACUAUUGAAGCAUCAAAGAUAUGAAUGCCAAGAACUAAUCUUAGCGUUAAGAAAAGAGCAAAUUUAUUUAUUCUUGCAUGCAGCUGCAAGCUUAUUACAUUGCUAUAGAUAUCAACCACCGUGGUUAUGCAAUUUGGAAGGUCUGAUUUGGAUCCCCCUAAUAUACAAAUUGAAUUUCAGAGAGAAAAUACGUCUCUAAGCAGUCGAAAAGGCAUGUAAGCAUUAACAACAUAGGGAAUAGAGUCAGCCAGAGUAAAAUAGGGAGGCUCCAGCAUGAUACAAAUCACCAAAACAGAACUCCUUUUUUUCCCCUCCCAAAUAAUGACACAAUCUAUGGUUGAAUAAUCGUACCACAUUAUCAGAAGAUAAAUAUCCGUGGACCAUAACAACAGGCUUAGGCUUAAAUCUGACUGAGGCUUGCUAUUGGUGGAUCGAUCACGAAGAUCAAUAUUAUUUUUACGAAUGUGCUUUCAUGUGAAAUCGCCAAUUUCCAGCCCAGAGAGCAAAGUAAUAACUCAAUAUUCGUGAUAAUAAACUUCAAACUAACAAUGAGCUGGAUUUAGAAGCAAGUACUAUAUUCGAACAUCGCCUAUUUGAAACAAUGCACCAUUAUCAAGUUCUAGUAUUCGUGAAUAUAUUCCCAGUUAUUAAUUGUAUUUCAAAGAUCGAACAUCUUAUAAUUAUAACAGCACGCCUC